UGUGUGCUCCUCCGCUCUCUGGCAUAGCCGCGUGUGAAUCAGCUGCUGCCUUCACCAUGCCCCGUGCUGGCCCUUCUCCUGCCAAGCGAGCGCGGGCUGCUGUUUUCCGAGGAUGACCGGUGGCUGGUAGGGCUCUGUUGAAUGCCUGUGCGCCGCGGGGGGCACAACCUCUAAUCGGGUGUGGGCAGAGAGACUGUUGGACUCCAGCGCCAGGGCUUUAGGAUGGCCAGUGAAGGUGCUGCUACCCUCCCCAGCCCUGUCGUGCGUCAGAUUGACAAGCAGUUCCUGAUUUGCAGCAUAUGCCUCGAUCGCUACGACAACCCCAAAGUCCUCCCCUGUCUCCACACCUUCUGUGAAAGGUGUCUGCAGAACUACAUCCCGGCUCACAGUCUCACGCUGUCGUGUCCUGUGUGCCGGCAGACGUCCAUCCUGCCAGAGAAGGGCGUGUCCGCGCUGCAGAGCAACUUCUUCAUCACCAACCUGAUGGACGUGCUGCAGCGCAGCCCCGACAGCAGCAGCGACGAGAGCAGCGCGCUCGACAACAUCAGUGCUGUGGCCACCGGACAGCCCCUCUCCUGCCCCAACCAUGCAGGCAACGUGAUGGAGUUCUACUGUCCCCCGUGCGAGACGGCCAUGUGCGAGGACUGCACGAGCGGCGAGCACGCGGAGCACCCCACCGUCCCGCUCAAGGACGUGCUGGAGCAGCACAAGGCCUCGCUGCAGGACCAGCUGGACGCCGUCAAGAGCAGGCUCCCUGAGAUCGACACGGCCCUGCAGGUUCUUUCAGACAUCCUGCAGAAGCUGACCCACCAGAAGGCCUCUAUAGAGGAGGACAUUCACGCUACGUUUGACGAGCUGCAGAAAACGCUCAACGUGCGCAAGAGCGUGCUUCUCAUGGAGCUGGAGGUCAACUAUGGGCUGAAACAGAAGGUGCUGCAGGCCCAGCUGGACUCGCUGCUGUCGGGGCAGGAGGGCAUCAGCAGCAGCUGCAGCUUCACGGAGCAGGCGCUGAGCCACGGCUCGGAGGCCGAGGUGCUGCUGGUCAAGAAGCAGAUGAGCGAGCGCCUGCGCGAGCUGGCCAAUCAGGAGCUCCCGCUGCAGCCCGAGGAGAACAACCAGCUGGACUUCCUGGUGGAGACGGAGGGCCUGAAGAAGUCCAUCCACAACCUGGGCGCCAUCGUCACCACCAACGCCGUCGCCGCGGAAACGGUCGCCACCGGCGACGGUCUGCGGCAGUGCGUGGUCGGGCGACCCUCCUCCAUCACCGUGACGACCAAGGACAAGGACGGGGAGCUGUGCCAGAUGGGCAACGCGUGCCUGACGGCGGAGUUGGCGUCUCCGGACGGGGGGCUGGCGGACAGCGGCGAGGUGCUGGACCACAAGAACGGCACCUACGAGUUCCUGUACACGGCGCCGCGCGAGGGCCGCUACACGCUCUCGCUGCGCCUCUACGAGCAGCACGUCAAGGGCAGCCCCUUCACCAUCCGCGCCACCAAGUCCACCGACCUCCUGCUCAACGCCAACGCGGUGGACGGCACCAAGAAGCGCCUGAAGUCGCCGGGCAGCGGGCACGUGAAGCAGCGCGCCAUCAAGCGGCCCGCCAGCAUGUACAGCACGGGCAAGAGGAAAGAGAACCCCAUCGAGGACGACCUCAUGUUCCGCAUCGGUACAAAGGGAAGAAAUAAAGGUGAAUUUACAAACCUGCAGGGAGUUGCAGCAUCCUCACUGGGCAAAGUCUUAAUUGCAGACAGCAACAAUCAGUGUGUACAGAUAUUUUCAAAUGAUGGACUGUUUAAAAGCCGUUUUGGAGUGCGAGGACGGUCACCAGGGCAACUGCAGCGUCCCACAGGUGUUGCAGUUCACCCAAAUAGUGACAUCAUCAUUGCUGACUAUGACAACAAGUGGGUCAGCAUCUUCUCAAGCGAGGGGAAAUUCAAGGCAAAAAUUGGCUCCGGGAAGCUGAUGGGACCUAAGGGUGUGUCUGUAGAUCGCAACGGCCACAUCAUCGUUGUGGACAACAAGGCCUGCUGUGUUUUCAUCUUCCAGACCAACGGCAAACUGGUCACCAAGUUUGGAAGCCGUGGCAAUGGAGACAAACAGUUUGCAGGCCCUCAUUUUGCUGCAGUGAAUCAGAACAAUGAAAUCAUUGUGACUGACUUCCACAACCAUUCUGUGAAGGUAUUCAACCCAGAGGGAGAGUUUCUACUGAAGUUUGGGUCCAACGGUGAAGGAAAUGGACAGUUUAAUGCCCCUACAGGGGUGGCAGUAGACAUCAACGGCAAUAUCAUAGUGGCAGACUGGGGCAACAGCCGGAUACAGGUGUUUGAUGGCAGCGGCUCCUUCCUGUCCUACAUCAACACGUCGGCGGACCCUCUGUACGGCCCGCAGGGUCUGGCCCUCACCUCCGAUGGGCACGUGGUGGUGGCGGACUCGGGGAACCACUGUUUCAAAGUGUACCGCUACCUGCAGUGACUCAUGCCUUUCAGCCCACCAUCUCACACCCACCACCACCACCUUUCCUGUCUGUUUGCACUCUGCCAGUAGGACGCCUCCGCCGAUCCCUCUGCACUUCUGCUCUUUACCCAUUUCAGCAGGACCUCUGAGGCGCCGUCUCAGUAGUGGAGGAGGUGCCCUGAGAGAGGUGCCUGGCCUGACUCAGACUGGAUGGAAACGUGUGCCAGGUUGAACAUGUGUGAAUGCAUUAGACCCUCGAAAUGAUCUGCAACAUGCACUAGUGUGGAGUCUACAGGGAAUGAGCAGAGCAUUCAACCCAGUCUGUCUCAUCUACUGAGCUUUGUAGGCACACUACUGUAUGACAUUCCCUAGUUAUUUUUAGGAGAGAAAAUUACUAAUAACAUCACUUGCUAAGUCUUAAGCCAUUCUUGUGUUACAGACCUCCUACCUUCUAUCACCAAUGAUAUCUUCAAUCCUUUAAUUUGUUUACCCCAGAGAACAAGGACGAUUGGAAAAUUCUUUCUCAAUUUUGAUACAGCACUUACUUCAACAAAAGUGAUAAUACAUCAAAAAAGACAAAUACUGUAGAUCAUUCAGUAGAACACACCUAAAAUAGGCAGUGAGUUUUCUUUCAUAAUUAUUUACCGGUACUUCAUAUUAUGUUAACUUGGAGGCUUCCAUCUAAAAAAAAACACAUGUAGUUCAAUUCUUAUUGAAUACUAGUAAUGUUGAAUUGGUAGUGAUAGUCACAAGUUAAAUAUUAUAUGUAAGUAAAUGUAAAUAUAUUGUCUUUGGUGGCAGAAGAAAUAUCUGGAAAUCUGGAAAUGUCUGGAAGCCAAAACAGAAGACACAAUGUGGGCCAUUUGCAACCCUGUUAAGUUUUUAUCUGUUUUAUUAUGUUUUACUGGACACCAUUUGUAUGGGUGGAGUCUUACCCGUCAAGUUUUAGUUUUUCUCCAACGCCUGGUUAAGACUGGAAAAGCAUAAGACAACAUUUCACUGGCCCCAUCUCAGAUAGAUAAUUUCAGAGGAAGUACAGCAUGUUUAAAAUACAAGUGUUGUCUUUUGUGGAACCACUGUACUAGCCACACAUCUGCAUGGGGUAAACACCUGUCACAUGGGGUGUUCUCUGUUGUUAAAAUGUACAGUAGUGUGCACUUUGGUUUAGUUCACAUGGAAAAGGGAUUGCUAUAAGCUUAAUAUUUCUGUUGCAGGAGAAGGUUGAUGUGUGACUGAACAUGUGUGCUUGAGUGGUUGUGCACAUAACACCAUUUGAAAUGCAACUGCAAUAUGCAGCCAGCAAGUGAAGCACUUAAUGUAGCUCUUUGUCAGAUGCAAUGAGCACAAGCUUUCUUUGAGGGGAGCAAGGUUUUUUUGUCAAGAAGCUGUAUAAUAUGUAUAAUGUUUGUGAUAGAAUUUGAUUUAAACAAGCAAUAGUGGUUUCUUUCAUUACUUUAUGUGACAUAAAUGAUAAGCUAUGACAAGUGAUCAUGGCUUACAGAACAAAACUGUCUGGGACUGAAAAAAGGGACAAGCUAUCACUUCUACUUUUUAAACUGGUAUCAGACAUGCACUCACCAACCACUUUUUUAGGGUAUACCUGUUAAACUGCUCAUUAGCACAAAUUGUCACGCAGUGGAUCUCCAGAGUUUACAGAGAAUGGUUCGAAUAUCCAGUGAGCAGCAGGUCUGUAGGCGAAAAAUACCUUGCUGAUGCCAGAGGUCAGAGGAAAACAGCAAGUCUGGUUCAAGCUAAGAGAAAGGCAGCAACAUUUGGUCAGCAUUGGGCAUAAACAACAUGAAAACAUGGAUCCAUCCUACCUGGUAUUAAUGAUUCAGGCUGGCGCUUGUAGAGUAAUGGUGUGGGGGAUAGUUUCUUGGCACGAUUUGGGCCCUUUACCAAUUGGGCAUCUAUAAAUGCCAUAGCCUUCCUGAGUAUUGUUGCCAACCAUGUCCAUCCCUUUAUGAGCGCAGUGUGCCCAUCUUCUGAUGGAUACUUCCUGCAGGAUAAUGCCCCAUGUCACAAGGCUCAAAUCGUCUCACACUGGUUUCUUGACAAUGACCAUGAGCUCUCUGUACUCAGAUGGCCUCCACACACCUUUGGGAUGUGCUGGAAUUGGAGAGUCGCAUCAUAGAUGUGCAGCCAACAAACGUGCGGUGUCAAUAUGGACCAAAAUCGCUGAAUCUAUGCUGCCAAGAAUUAAGACAGUUCUGAAGGCAAAAGGGGUCUGACCUGGUACUAGCAAGGUGUACCUAAUGAAGUGGUUAGUAAGUGUAUUAUUAAGAUAAUUUAACAGGGUGCAACUGUAGGAAAACAUUUCUGUACAUUCAGUCUGAUUAAUUACAAUAAAUGAAUGCUUCCUAUCACAGGAAGUAAAGUGAAAACAUAGUGUGAAAACAUUUUGAAUGCAUACAUUGCAUGUGUAUAUUGGUUUUCUGCACUGUAGGAUUUUAUUUUCUUGUUAAAUUAUUUAAUCUCAUGAUUGUGUACAUACAGUGACUAUGAUGCCAAAUGAAAAAGUGCCCACAGAGAUGUUGAUUAUUGCUUCCCCAGUGUUCAGGUCUCAAGUUUGUGUGAGUUUCAUGGAACUUUUUUUUAAUAUUAAGAUAAGUCUGUGUGACUUGAUGUUAUUCGUAUUUUAUCCUUUGUGUUCUAUUUUAAGACUUUUUCAAACAACUGUUUGUCACCUAUGGUAGAAUCAACUUGAAUGUUGCACAUCUAUCCUCACACUCUUUGAAACACAGCCUUAAAAUAAUAGGCCUACAUUUUUCACACAUUCCAACUUGAGAGUAGUUCUUACUGACAUACAUAGCACCACUGGAAGCACCAGUUGUGCUGAGAGUCCUCACAGACGCUCGUAGGCUGUAGGUCAUAGUCCCCUUUGGCCAUAUUGUGCUUGCAGUGUAUGAUCACAACUACCUUACAGUCUGACCCAUACUUGCUUUGUCUCCUUAGCACUCUGCACAAAAAUAAAUAAUGCAGUCUUUAAA